UCGUCUCUCAUUUCAAGCACACAAGUCUAGCCGCCCACCAUUCUGUCAUUAGCCCUCAACCAUACGCCAAAAUAUGGCAGCCACUUUUGCAAGCCCAUCAACCGUCGUUGGCCUCGGUGGCACCGCCACCUCUAUGUCCUCCCCGCCGAUGAAAACCCGCCUCUCUUCAGGGUUUUUGAAAUCUGGGGUGACGGCUAGGAACCCUUUGAGGCUGGCUGGUGCUUGUGGGGGCAAGUUUACUUGCUUCGAGAGAGACUGGCUACGAAGGGACUUUAACGUGAUAGGAUUUGGACUGAUUGGGUGGAUAGCACCAUCUAGCAUACCGGCCAUCGAUGGGAAGAGCUUGACUGGCCUUUUCUUUGAAAGCAUUGGAACUGAGCUCGCUCACUUCCCUACACCUCCGCCUCUUGCCUCUCAAUUCUGGUUGUGGUUGGUGUUAUGGCACCUAGGACUGUUCAUCACUCUUACUUUUGGACAAAUUGGGUUCAAAGGAAGGAAUGAGGAUUACUUCAAAUACUAAUCUCCUUCUUCUUUAUCUUUAUUUGUAAUCUUUUCUUAACUCAUAUUUUGUGGGUUCCUUUUUCCUUUUGAAUCUCCCCUUCCCCUCUCUUUCUUUAAAACAAUUGUUCUCUUUGCCUUCCUUUCCAUUAUGUAAAAUUAUUUUAAUCUCAACCCAAGUCUUACCUA